ACCGCUGGAAAAGAUAGUAUGAAAACACACGUGGUACAUUUUUGUUGUGGUUGAAAUCAUACAAAGUUCAAUCUAGCUGAUAAUGUUAUAUUUAAUAGGUUUAGGGCUUGGAGAUGCAAAGGAUAUUACUGUCAAAGGACUUGAAGUGGUCAAGAAAGCGAAAAAAGUAUUCUUGGAAGCAUACACGUCUAUUCUUGGAGUGAAUAAAGAGGAGUUGGAAAAGCUAUAUGGCAGAGAUGUGAUUCUUGCGGACAGGGAUCUUGUUGAACAGCAAUCAGAAAUAAUUUUAGAAAAUGCAAAAACAGAAGAUAUAGCAUUCCUAGUUGUUGGGGAUCCAUUUGGGGCGACCACCCACACUGACCUAGUAAUCAGAGCACGACAAGAAAACAUCCCUUAUAAAGUGUUCCAUAAUGCAUCCAUCAUGAAUGCCAUUGGCUGCUGUGGAUUACAGCUGUAUAAUUAUGGAGAGGCGGUAUCAAUAUGCUUCUGGACUGAGUCAUGGAAGCCAGACAGCUUUUAUGAUAAGAUUGCAGCAAACAGAAAAAGAGGAUUGCAUUCCCUCUGUUUAUUAGAUAUCAAAGUAAAGGAGCAGUCAGUAGAAAAUCUUAUGAGAGGCCGUAAAGUUUAUGAGCCACCCCGUUACAUGUCAGUCAGUACUGCAGUCCAGCAACUUCUAGAAAUCCCCAAGUUACGUAAUUUAUCCCCUCAAGAAUCAGCCUACACAGAGGACACAGUAGCAGUUGGGCUAGCACGAAUUGGCUCAGACACUCAGCAGAUUAUUUGUGGGCCCAUGAAAUCUUUGGUGGAUUACGAUCUUGGUGGCCCGCUCCACUCACUUGUCAUCCCAGGAGAAAUGCAUUUUCUUGAAAAGGACAUGCUCAAAGAAUUUGCCAUUGAUGUCAAUGUAUUAGAAAAUUCUUGAAUAAAAAUCUGCCUAAAAAAUGGGAGGGUGAUUAUCUAAUUCAGACUUUUAAACCAAUGUUGAUCUUAAACGCUUUUGAAAAUCUA